CUAUGACACUAUCUGAAUUUUGCUGAGCCCCCGAAAAAACUUUGCCAGGUUUGUGAUUGUGAUUAGCACAAGAAGUCCUCCAUACGAGCCGCAUUUCGUGUUGAAUACAACAUGUCAUUCGUGCGCGUUCUCUCGCCCACAAGAAGCGGGACCGCAUCACCGCGGAUGCUUGCCAUUUCAGAACUACAGGGAGCAAGACGGCGCGCUGAGGUUCCGCUUGCAAGCGUCGGCUCCGGCACGAUUUUCCUUUUGCGCAGCAUCUUUGUUGUUGUGGUUUUAGUGCUUUGUCUCGGGCUGGUCCCCCCGGUUUCCGCGACAAAUGAAGCUCCGUCUUCCAAAUUGCGGCGAGAGUCCAUCUUAUUGGAUCAGGACGGCUCCGUGCAGAAGGAGACAGAAAACGUUGAGCAACAUAAAGGUGCAGGAAGUACGAGGCCGUCUUCUUCAUCGAGAACUUCGUUCACGCGAGGCCCGCGUGCUGCGCCAAGAGCGGAGCCUGUGUCUUCCUCCCGAACAGCACCUGGCAAUCGAGGCACCUCAUCAUCUAGCCUGGUUUCUGCGUCCUUCUCCGGCGAGGGAAUUCCCCGAACUGGUAGCGCGAGUAGCCGAGUUCAGGAGCGUUCCUCCCAGGCUGCAUUUGAUGCGGUAUACAUCAUGCAGCAUAAACUGGCAAUCGCAGGCCAGAUUAAUGAUACAGCCGGGGCAGGAGCGAGGAAUUUGAGCGGGUUGAAGAAUCUAGAGAACAGUCCGCUGGUGCAACCGCACGACACCCCGGCAUCCCGCAUGAUCAAGCCGAGCGGACGCAAUGAGUCUUCGCCCGUCGCGAAAGUUCCCUCGCUUUUGCCCGCGCCCUCACUCGCUCAAAAGACGAAGCGGGACGAAAAUGAUUGUGCUGGAUAUGACGAUAAAGGCAACCUGCAAGCGAGCUUCCCUCUGGCGUUCGGGCGCAGUAUGCUGCUCCAGCAAUACUGUGGGCGCAAGGAUCUAUCAACCACAGUUCAGUAUGGGCAGUUUUCCACCGGCACGCAAACUUGGCGAGUGAGCUAUUGGCAAUGGCAUCCGACGGCAGUCGUUGACCGGAUGUCGCAGCCGGCCAUAUUCAGUGGGGGCGCAUACUGUCCUGGGAACGGUCUGCAAGUGUCGCGUUUGAAGGCUACGCGACUCGCUUUUAAUGCCAUGACUGGAAUGGCAGAACUUGACGACUACGGUCCGACUUGCAGCACCUUGUGUCCAGAUCGGGGUUUUCAAGACGGAGUUGACACCGACGAUCUUGCUGAUCAUGCUUAUGAUCCGAAACGCUUCACUACCAAAAGCAGAUCGAGAUUCAAUGUUUUCGGUUUUCUCACCGCUUUGAAUCCGCCGCCCGCCGCUUACUACAAUGAGCAAAUGGCUUCGGCUCCCGACGCGACAAGUGGAGUUCCGCAAUUUCGAACGGAAACUGGUGACUCUCGCAACCCUCCGACAACCGCGAGUUGUCUUGCUGAUGAAGUGAUGGUUGGCGGCGGCUGUGACCGCGGUUCAAGCGGCAUGGAUGAAUGCCUCUUGGCAGAGAAUCGACCCGCGAGUUCUGGCACUGGUUGGUCCUGCGCGUACGUGUGCACAGGCAACAACGUUGAGCACAGUGUCGAUGCCACGGCGGUUUGCAUCGCUGCUAGCUUCUUUCAGGUUUUUUCAGGAAGUGCCGUUCCGACGUUUCGUCAAAACAGCGGCCCUGCUUUGUAUUCGACAACCGGGAAGAAGUUUGGACCCAAGGUGAGCGUCGCGUGCCGUCCAUCGGAGGUGAUGAUUGCGGCUGGGUGUGGUUACCACAAUGAUGCAGCACCGACAGGAGCCACCGGGUCGUACAACACGCUACGCGGCUGGCAAAAUCUGGAGCCUUUUAGCGUCACCGCCAACGAGCUGCCCGAGCUGCUGGGCGUCGAGCGACACACUGACAUGAGAAGUGCAACAUGUGUUAUUGCAAUGCACUCAGCACAUGCCCCAAGAUCCAAUACGAACGAUCCAAAGUAGAUAGCACGAUAGUGAAAGAUGGAAAUGUGAUGGUGAUCACAUACUGAAGAUGGAGAUGAUGAUGAGGAUAAGAUGCAUGGUAUGCACCUCAUGACACGAACAGGAGUAGCCUCAAUGGCUAAAGAAUAAGAGCAUAAAGAUACCCCCACGCUAACCACGUAGGACCUUAAGUAGGUCAAUAGACAUUUUGUAUUUUGUUCUACCUGGAUCGUAUUCUUUGUUGGGUCUUGGUCUUGUUAGGUCCACAGAGUUAUGAGCCCAACAUCUUAAGCUUGUAAGAUUUCAAGUACAAUUUACACCCAUAAAAUAUCUGUAAGUAGAACUACAGCACCCCUAUCCCCGCACGAAGAGAAAGGAAUGUAUUUCCUCGCGCUCGCGCUGAGCAUCGCCGUCGCCUCCGUAUUCGCCGAGUAUCCCAAGGUAGCAGCAACCGCAAUGGCAGGCGGGGUGCGCAACCAGACGGGUCCGAAGCACGGACGGCUGAAUGCGGGCGAUCGCAAGCAGCGCAACAAGCUGAAGAUCGCAAGUCGAGACCAGGAGACUUCUGCUCAUGAGGAACAGGAUGACGAGCAGGAUGAAUAUGUUUACGAUGAAGACAAUCCUGACUUCGGCGAUGAGGACGAGCAGCCCUGGGAAGCCCAGGAGCACGGCGGGGGAUUCCCGGUGAACGGCCUGGGGUCGAGUGACAAAAAUCAGGACUAUGGUGGGUCUGGCGAGCCGUUUCGCCUACGCCCAAACUCAGGAAGGAUUUUUAUCUCAGGAAGCCCCGGUGGGAAUCCGGGUGGAUCAGGAUCUUUUUAUAGCGGCAACCAGCAACAGGCCCAGGCACCGCAGGAGCUGGAGCUGAAAAAGUUGCCGAAGUACAAGGACCAGACUUCGCUCUUCUACCGCUGGAUCAAUCUUGCAAUGCAGAAAUACCCCGCGGACUACGAGCGUAUUUUGGAUGGCCUGGAGGCCCGAGUCGAAAACUCGGUCGCGUUGUCUCGGUGGAUGGAAAUCAUCGGUCGUGAUGAAAUUGCGCAGAUGCAAAACGCAGAGCGGAAGCUGAAAGCCGCUCGGGAUGCGUACAAGGAGCAGUGGGAGCAGGGUUCGGUCGCUGCGUCGAUCUUGGAAAGCUACAAGCAGCAGGCGACGCAAAAGCCCUCGAAUUUCCACGACGAGUUCAUGAAGCGUGCUGCGAAGGUCGACAGCACGCAGGUUCCCGUGUCCGAACAGAUUCGCAUUAUGGAAAAUAACGCGCUUGGACAUCUGCAGGCCGCGAUGAUUAUGCUGAAGCCGGGCAACAUGUCCGAAGUUGCCGAAGCCGUCAGUCGUGCCGACAAACUGCACCAGAAGCAGCCACCCCAGAAGAACACUGCUGGAGCCAACGCGCAAAAUGGUGGAAAUCAGCAGAGUUCGUUCUACACGAACCAAAAUCAGGGCCAGUGGCAGCAUGGUGGUAACGGCAAGCACAAUGGCGGGAAAGGCAAGGGCCGCCGCGACUUUUGGAAAAAGAAGAAAGGCAAAGGUCGCAAUGGGUGCAACAACUACCGGAACAACUAUCAGAACAAUGGCGGUGGUGGUUGGAACAACAACUACAACCAACCGCAACAAGGUGGUGACCAGAAUUACCAUGCCCAAAACGCAAACUGGAAUCAACAGCAGCAGGGCAACUGGCAGAACCAGGGCGGUGGUCAGAGUUUUGCUGUGCAGCAGCCGCAGCAACAGCACAAUCAGCCGCCGCAGCAGCAGAUGAUGAUCGCAAACCAGCCUUGGAACCAGAACCAACAGCCGAAUCAGGUGCAGUACACCAACAACCAUCCGCAACAGCAGGGUGGACAGUUUUUCGGAAGUUUCGUGGUUUUGGAAAAGAAGGAGUGGAGUUUUGCUGCUAGCCAACCCACGGGCACGCAGGAACGCAACCAGGGGGUUGCUACAAAGUGGGUUCUACUGGACUCUGGGUCGAGCCGCCACUUGACGGGGGACUUGGAGCUGGUUCACGAACACCGGAAUACCCAUGAGGAGUUGAUUACUGCUAGCGAUGCCGCAGCUGUCGCUACUGGAGUGGGAAAAAUGGUCGGUCAAGGUUUCGAGUGUAAGGAUACACUUUUUGUCCCCUCGCUAGGGGAAAAGACCGUUUUGUCGAUGCCCAAGCUGUUAGCCGCUGGCAUUUAUCCGAACUUUCAGUCGGGCACCUGCAUGGGAUAUCCGAUGCAGAUACGCAACGGAAUUCUACAGAUGCAGUUGACAUUCAAACUGAAUCAGAUGGCUACUGAUAGUGUGCUGUUUGUAAGCAUCGGGGGAACUUCGCAGCUGGCGAACAUCCUCUGACUAUCCCACUCCACGCACGACGAGUACGCCGAAUUUAGGCCGUACAGCUAUGAUUAUGCUAAUUCGCCGCUAGAAAUUAAUAUUGAUAGUGAAGACCUCAGCCAAGCCAUUGCAUGCAUAAUCGCACGCAUGUCGCCCAGUUUCAGUGGAAAGACGAUUUUGCUUUACAAGUUUCGGGACGAAGAUACCAAGCGAAAAUUGCGUAUUAUCGAGUGUAUGGUCGGUGAAGCGAUUCCAAUUCUCGAUGGCAAUCGCGCGCAGGAGUUUGUUGAUGGCGGAAACUUUAGAUGCUUUGCCGCUUCGCAAACUGAUAAACGGGCUCGAGAAAUGUCAAGUGCAAUUUCGCAAGUUUUUGACGUUUCUGUGAAUCCGGGUCCUCCUAAAAAAGAUUCCUCUCCCCCCUCGCCGGCAUCGGUCGAUGAGAAUCUGAACAAAAGUUCAGGACCAUCGAAAGAUCCGACGGCAGCACGCAAGAAGAAAAAGAAAAAGGGGAAGAAAGUUCUGAAGAGGGUCAAGCCUGCCCGAAAGUAUCGGAAAGGCGUUGACACCACGCUGCGCCAACCCAAGGCGGGAAUCUCGUAUGAGAAAAUCUGCCAACUUUCUUCGCGCCUGGUCUUCCCGACAUUUCAGAAACUCUGGGAGGUUGUGAAGCAGAUUGAUUCCUCGCCAAAGGCUCGAAAAAUGGUGAUUGGUUUCUGCAAACACAAUCUGAACCGUCUGAAAAAUUAUGCUUUUCCGCAUCACACCACUGGGGGCGUGGAUGGCUUGAAGUUGUCUGAUUUUACAUCUUCGGAUACAUUUUUUCCUUUGGGGAAAAAGUACGCAGCACUACACGCGAUGAAUUUGCAUAGUCGUGCGAGCUACACAAAGACUUUGAAGCAUGUGCCCAAAGCUUCGGAUGCAGUUGAAUUCUUAGAAAAGGUCAGGGGACUCGGAUUGCUAGGCCGGGCCCUCUUGUGCGACCAGGGUAAGGAAUUUGACAACAGCCAAGUCAGAUCGUAUUUGCAGCGCCAUGGGAUUGCUCUUUACCUAAUUCCAAAAAGUAGUUGGGUCAAUGGUUCGAUCGAAAGACGCCAUCGCACUUUUAGAGCGGUGCUAGAAAAGCUGUAUUACAUUUUUGGCCAGAGUGCGUCCUUGGUUCCACUUCUUGUGGAACAAGCGACCAAUGCGGUGAACAUGACCCCAACUCGGGCCUUGGAUGGGUUGUGCCCAUACCAAGCCCAAUGGGCUUUGAAUCCCUACGCGCUGGAGCCUGACGAUCCUGAGUCUGCUACUCUGCAGCAGGCUGAGUUGAUGGUCACUAAGGAUGCCACCUGUGAGGCAUACAAUGCGAGAUGCAAGGCCAGGGCCGAAAUUGAAUCUCUGAAACAGGAUAAGCAAUUUAUCUCUAAGAUGAAGAAGCUUACCGAGAUGCAGAGAAAUUUUUAUCCUCAAGCGGAUAAGAUUGAAGUUGAUUCUUUGGUAGAUAUUUUCGACAAAAACUCGCAUGCCUGGCUGGGACCUGCUAAGGCUAUUUACAAGCAGACUAAUGCGAACUCCGUUACGUUUGUUGUAGAUCACGAUGGGAAUUUUAAGCGAGUGCACGCGUCGCAUGUGCGACAGCAUCUGACUUUUGAUCAGAUGAAUUUUCCUCCAUCGCUCCUCCGUGUUGUCAGAAAAACACACGGCGAAAAAGUACCGAAAGAAGUUGACACAUCAGAGCUGGUUCCAGUUAAAGUCAAAUUUGAGUCGGCGUCGAAAGAUUUCCAGUACGCGAAAAAGAAUGCCAAAAAGCUGAAGGUGAAACGCAGGAAAGGGCGAAAGAUAUUCACUUCUUGCGCCCCGUUACUGAUUUCCCCUGCGAGUUCUGAGAUAGAUUCAUCCAUGGCGCCUGUGAUGCAUCCUUCCCAGUCUCCAAAAUUAGAUGAUGAGCUUUUGGGCGACGACGCUUUAGGCGGUUCCGCGGAGAUCGGCGGGAAUCUUGGCUCGAAUUCCAAUUCUACAAAGAAUGCGGAAGUCGAAUCCCAUGCCCGACCGUCAGCGCCUAAGUUACGACUCACAAAAGAUUACGCCAGAGAUGUCUACCGUAAUCUUGAAAAGAAAGAAAGAGAAAAGCUGAGACGGAUAGCGGCCAAUGCUGGCCCCGUCCGGGGAGCAUGGAGAGAACGCAAUGAAGCCAUUGCUGAAAUUCGUGAAGUUAUUGACUCGCAGCCCAUCUAUGAACACAUGAAAGAGCAGCAGAGGCAGAAAGUUGCUCAAGAUUUGUUUCACCAAGCAAAAAUCGAUCCGCUAGGGCCGAUUGAAAAUGAUGAGUCUUGCAGCUUCGUCAUUCCGUUUUUGUGUCCCGAUUGGGAGGAGCACGAAGUUGCUGUUUGUUUCAAAGCAACUAUUGCUUCUGCCCCUGUUAAGGAGUCGGAAGUGGAAUCGCAAGCAGAUUGGCAGCAAGCCAUUACGAAAGAAGUUAAUGCGCAUUCGCAUGUUUUCAGAGUUGCUAGGCAAAAAGAGGUCGAUGAAUGGGUCGCGGAAGGCAAUAGAUUUAUUCCUUGCCGCAUGAUCCUCAGUGUGAAAAGAGACCAACGCAAAAAGGCUCGAAUCGUGUGCCUCGGUUACAUGGACUAUGUUUCUAGCCACGAUGAGAAAUUCGCUGAAGUGCCAGACCUAUGCAUUUUGCGUUUGCUUGUCGCUAUUGCAUGCCAGAAUCCAAAUAUUUGCAUGCUGCCCGCGGAUGCCCGCAAUGCAUUUUUGCAGUCGCGCUACCCUGUUAAAGUUUUAGUUGCUCUCGACGAGCGUCUUCAAAAACUUUUAGGCUACAAGUAUGCCGUUGUUUUGUAUGCGCUCAACGGUUUGCGGUUGUCUCCCAAGGCGUGGGCUGUACACCGAGACCAAAAGUUGAGUGAGCAUGGCUGGGCUAGGAAUCCCUGUGAGCCAACGCUUUGGCAUAGACAGGAUGUAAUUUUGGUAGUGUUUGUAGACAACUUUUGGCUCUUCGGACCGCGCGCCGCUUGUGAGCAAGCGCGAAAAGAUUUGGAAGAACCUCUGCGACUUUUUCUUGAAGAUGUCAAAGACACUGCAACGCAUCGCACUUACGAUUUGUUAGGCAUUGAAUUGAUUCAAGAUAAGAAAACUGGCGAUGUAACUCUAUCGCAGGACGCCUAUGUGACGAAGAUUUUAGAGCGGUUCGGCGGGAAUAUCAGUGGCAAAGCUUUGGCAUGCCCUAUGAUAACCGCUCCAGACCCUUCGUCCGAAGAAAAGCCUGAACUUGUGAAACUCAAGCAGGAAUACUGUGGCUCUUUGAAUUAUCUUGCUACUAGCACUCGUAUGGACAUCGUAGUAGCACUAAAGUUCUGUGCUAAGGCUAAGGCCACGGAAGAAACUAUCACCGCGCUAAAACGCAUCUUCCGAUACCUACGCACGAGGAGAGUGCUGGUUUACCGAAAUCGCCAGGAAACGCUCAAAGGGAAACUGACACUGAGUGUAUGGACGGACAGCGAUUUUGGAGCACAAGAAGGCCGCCAAUCUAUCAGUGGAAUCGUAGUGAACGUUUGUGGAUGCCCGAUAUUCUGGAGGGCAAUUACGCAGUCGAGUGUGGCAACGUCGGUGACAGAAGCGGAAAUUGUUUCUAUGACUGAUGGGGCUACGACUGUGUUGCGAUUUUACUAUGUCAUGAACACACUACAAAACUGGCUUGGUAACUACUUUCCUAUUCCGAAGAUUUCUUUACCGAUUUCUCUGAAGUGUGACAAUCAGGGAGGUCAAAAAUAUGCUUUGAAUCGCACUGGUACUUCAGGACGCCUGAAGCAUUUAGAUGUACGCGUUUGUUGUAUACGCGACGUAGUGGCGAGAUCACUACUGCUACCGAUAUAUUUUGAAAGUGCCAAAAACAAGUCCAACGGAUUAACGAAGAUCACCACUGGAUUUGAACACUCUUCGUUUUGUGAUAUGAGUGGAAUUGUUGAACUUCCAUAAAAAUUUCAGGUGCUAAGACGAGAACCGGGCUGAGCUUUUCGAUCGUGGGUCGUCAGGGGUUUGACGAAAACACGAUGAGAAUCUAGCAUCUUGGAUGCUAAAACCGGUUAAAAGUCAGCAUAUGGGGGGCAGCUCGAUUAAGCCCCAUAAAUGCGUAAUAACAUCGGUUGAAGCCCUUAUUUGUUUGUAGGCUUAUGCGAAAAGUGUUUUUCGAUUUUCCUACUGCUUUAGGCUUUGAGAAGAAAAGUUUUUACGAUUUGAAAAUGGAUUGAUAUUCGAUUGGACUUGGAGCAGGGGAGGCUAUUGCAAUGCACUCAGCACAUGCCCCAAGAUCCAAUACGAACGAUCCAAAGUAGAUAGCACGAUAGUGAAAGAUGGAAUUGUGAUGGUGAUCACAUACUGAAGAUGGAGAUGAUGAUGAGGAUAAGAUGCAUGGUAUGCACCUCAUGACACGAACAGGAGUAGCCUCAAUGGCUAAAGAUUAAGAGCAUAAAGAUACCCCCACGCUAACCACGUAGGACCUUAAGUAGGUCAAUAAACAUUUUGUAUUUUGUUCUACCUGGAUCGUAUUCUUUGUUGGGUCUUGGUCUUGUUAGGUCCACAUGUGUCGCCAGGGUGUCCCCUGACGCAGCCGAGCUUUUAAGUAACUUUGGAGCAUUCGCGCUGUGCCUCGCACCGCCAGAGGGGCCGACUUGCGCCAGUGGGUACAGUUCAGGCGCCCUCCCUCAUCCCGUGUGCCCAUCGGGUUACCACAGCUUUGACGCGGCAGGUUGCGCAGCAGCAGGGAGCCGUAACAUUUGCAGCCCGAUCAACAACUACUGCGACGCGGACAAGUGCAAAGAGGUAUGCUGUAUCUCGAAGGACACGACGUGCAAGCCUUGCGAAAAUGGUAUGCACGGCGCUCCAUCUGCUUGCACGGGUCCGGGCGAGGAAAACUGUGCUUCGUGCGACGAAGGCUACAUUCUCCACGGCACUGCUUGUGUUCCAGUGGCCACCCCGUACGAAAAUGAUUGCGCUGGCUACAACAAUACCGACGGCGAGAUGCAGACGACUUUUCCCCUGGCUUUUGGCCGCAGUUUGCUGCUGCAGCAGUACUGCGGGCGGAAUGACAGAGUGGCUGAUAACAUCCGAUUUGAACACGGGCAACGCACUAAUCGCGUGACGUACUAUCGUCCGGCUGCCGGCAGAGGUGUAUCCAAGAAAAAAAGUGUGUUAGUGUUGCAUAUUUACUUGUUUUUUUGAGCAGUCGUAACAAGUUCAAGGGAGAAGCCCAAAGCUGAUAGAGCCCAAGUAGGUGCUACUCCCCACUGAUACAGAAAUGCCAUGGGCUGGAGUUAGAUCCGCGCUCUUGUGUUGAUCCGAGACGCACGAGGGUUGGUAUGUUGUAUUGGUGGGAGAGUGGUGCCGGGUCGGUGCGCUUCAAGCACGGAUCCGAGUGGAAAACAUGUGGCGGCGACUGCGUCGCUGCAAAAGUUUUUCACAUCCCACCCUUUAUAGGCCUGUAGGAGAUUUGCUUACACACUCCUACUUGUUGGCCCUGUCGUCUGACCCUGACUAGGCACGUGUCCGUGCGUCCUGGGCAGUCGUUCCCACCCAUGCGUCUUCGACGGGAGGAUAGUUUACAGCACAUCAAGCCCCUUCAGGGCAUCAAUGCUGCUCCCAUCUUUGGUCGGCCCGUUGAGCCACCAGCAGUUUGCCAUCGCAUGACUACUGAGAGCGACUCUUCCGGGGCGUGCGUUCGCGCCUCCGCAUCUCUUUCCAUGGGCCUGGACAGCCCAUUGACAGCGAUGUCGGCACCUACUUGGUCCUAGUCAGGAUUCAGUCUGACAGAUUUGGGAUUUGCACCUUGAUUAUUGUUUGUGUAAUGCAUAAAAUGCCAACACAAUCACAAUCAGUCACGCCGGUCAUCGUAUCAGACAACCAAAGUAAGUGGCCUCUUUCCAUGCGUGCGUUCACGUACUAGCCAUGCAUGUGCAUCUGCAUGACCAUGAGCAUGGCAGUACGUGUGCAGUCAUGCAGAGCAAUUGUGGCAUUCUGUUAGUCCACGUUAAGUACUUAAGUACACUAACACAUUUCGUGUUUGUUUCCUGGAUAGUGUGAUCGGAUGGUGCAAUAUCAUUAAAAUACAUUCUCAGAAACUCCUGCCCUUAUACUCGAACCAUGUUUUAGUUAGCACUGAUCGAUUUAUUGUCACUGCAUGAAAGCAUAAGCACGGGGAGGGUAUCAUCUUGAAGAAGGCCACUGCUGUGCCAGUCCUGCAAGCGCGGAGCUCUGCUUCGGAAUCUAAGGUGUCUUCGCCGUGGGACAAAUAAGAUUGACAGGUGCAGGUGGCGCUAUAGUGCGAACGCGGAAUAACAAUAAAGUUGUGCCGUUGCCUCCUUGCAUCAACGUGCAAGAAUUCUAGAUUCAGGCGGUAUGAUAUCCAGCUUCGCUUUCGCACACAAUAUUUGAGUAUGUAGAGGGCGGGGAGCGGUUUAUUUUUUCGCGAUUUUUGGCCGACGAUUGUGAGUGGCGGCGCGUACUGUCCUGGAAAUGGUCUGCAAGAUUCCACAGUCUCUGAGUUUAGCGCCAAGCACCCAACAAUGCCUGCCUUCGUCGCAUUUAAUGGUAGGUCCACCAUUUUCGACGGAUUGGGUCCUACAUACGGCACUGCGUGUGCAGACAAGGCAAAUUUCAAUGGAACGUACACUCCUACAUACGGAGACUUCCCGUCUUGGCUCAGCAAACAAUACAACGUGUUCAGUUUCGUCACGGCCUUGAAUCCGCCACCGAGCUACGCACCCGCCAAGGCACCAGACGUCACGAACGAAAUUGCAAUGUUUCACACGAACGGCCAGCUCUCGAGGCGUUCGUCGGUUGCUCGGUGUGCUGCUGACGAAGACAUGGUAGGCGGUGGCUGCGAACUCAACUGGGGAACCUUCGGCGGUGAUGUCGACAAAAAUUGUCUCUUGGCAGAGAGCCUGCCGGAAAAUGACAGUUCCGGUGGACACGCCUGGAGGUGCACGUACGUGUGCACGGAUGCUGUUACCGACGCCGCCAUGCCUAACAUCACUGCCACGGUCGUUUGCUUCGCUUCCAGCUUCUUUGACGUUUUCUUAGGGAGUUCUCGUCCGACAUUGCGUCAUUCGACCGACAAGGCCCGGUAUGUGGUUUCCGGUAGUAACAAAUUCGGACCCCAGGUAGACGUCGCGUGCGCAGCGGGAGAGGUUCUGAUUGCGGCGGGAUGUGCUUACUGGAAUAACGCUGCGCCGCAAUACACAGGUCACUACAAAAAGCUGCGUGGCUGGCGAAACAAAACAAACGGAUUAGACUGUGAUCCUGGCGUGUGCCCUACUAACAUCAAGCCUUUCAGCCACACUGCUGAAGAGUUGCCCGAAUUGCUUGGGGUCGACCGACACGCUGACAUGAAGACCGCAACAUGCGGCGCGAGAGUAUUUAAGCACGACACGAGCCUUCUCGAGAGCUUCGGAGCAGUCGCGCUAUGCCUCGCGCCACCAGAGGGGCCGACUUGCGCCAGUGGAUACAAAUCAGGCGCCCUCGCUCAUCCUGUGUGCCCAUCGGGUUACCACAACUUUGACGUGGCAGAUUGCGUAGCAGCAGGGAGCCGCAACAUCUGCAGCCCAACGAACAACUACUGCGACGCGGACAAGUGCAAAAAAGUAUGCUGUAACCCUGCAGCAACGACCACUCCCCCUCCCGCAGUCAACGACACAGACUCGUCAGCAAGUGAAGACAUCGCCGCCAGUGCGGGCGUGGGCAACCCACUGCUCUGGGUUGGAGUCGGUGGGGGAGUCGCCGUGCUGGCUCUUCUGUCGUGGUUCCUCUCCAGCCAAGCACGCGCGCACCCCAUCUUCACCCAGGGGGGUAGUGGAUAUUACGGCGGCUACAACCAGAACGGCGGCUACGGCGACAACUACGGUUACGGUUCGGCGGGAACUCCUGCUUGGGAAGUAGCUCAACAAAAUUACCAAUACGGAUACGGUGGGGCGGCUCCUGGAGGGGGACAGUAUCAGCAAAGCUACCAGAAUUACGGUGCCUACAACGGGCAAGAAUACGCGCAGUACUAAAAGCGCUACUACUGAUUUGGUUUUGCGAUUUCUUGGCACCACUUGGCUUCUUUUCGCAAGCGCGGCGCGGAUGUUGUUCGCCAUAGAAGUGAAUGAGCCAAGUUCAUGCCAGAGGCGGGCGGAGUUUUUGGCUCUAUGCGCCUGCCAAACACGAACACCGUUGGUCGUUACUGUGAAGCUAUUUUUUUUUUUACUCUGACAAACAAACGUAACCAGACCAAAAAUGUUCUGGCGUCUUAGCUCUUGAGGAAUACUAUCAAAAAUAGUCACGCAACCGUAUGAUCGAGAUUCAAAUGCGGACGAUUAUCGGACUUGUGACGGGAUGAAAAACAAAAGGCAAAAAAUUAUUAGAGCUAAAGAAAUGACAGCUUUCCAUCUUCGCAGUUGUCUCUCGCGAUCGCGGAGAGGUGGAGCAAUAUUUAUACAUGUAAGUACGUCCUUUCUUGAACAAGUACGGAAGUUGUAGUCGGUUUCUCACCUCAGAUUUCUGUCGAAUGUUCCGCACAAUUGAAAAUCAUGAAAGAAAAAAGCGUCGAUCGGG